AGAGACUCCUGCAGAGAGCAGAGCCCUCAGACUCCUCCAGAACACGACAGACUGAGUCUGAGGCCUUCAUCUGUCAGAUCGGAUCAUGACUGCCCUGGUUCGGCUCGCAGGGCACAAUGCAUCGAUGAGCUGAAAUAGUGCAUGAUGGAAACUCUUGUGAUGCGCGGCAGUGAAUGCGCAGUGGUUUGCGCGCUUGAUCCGGCUGAAGAUCAGAGGGUUAGCGCCGUCUGCUGUCUUCAGAUGAUCGACUGACGCCCACCGGCUCAAUCACUUAUCAUUCAGAUCAUAGGAACUUUCGCAGCGCGUCAGGGAGUCAUUCGCGAGCGUCCGUGCGCUGCUACAGCUCUUGAAGUGGACUGACGAGAACUUCUGAAGCCAUCAAGAGUUUUAACGUUAACAGGAGACGCUUUGUGUUUGCGCGGCGCUCCGUUCCUCCACGGAAUGGCAUUUCGGAAUAUGAGUGAUGCGCCUCGGUGUGUUCCAGCGUGUGUUUGGAGGCGGAGUGACUGACUGACAUUCAUUCAUCACAUAAAAGGGAAGUUGAGCCGCUGAACACCAGAAACUCUUCUGGGAUCGAUCAUGAAUGCGGCAAAGGCGCUGAAAAACGCGCUGGCGUGUUUGGUGAUCCUGCCGCGUUUUCUCGUCGCCGCCUUCAUGCUGUGGUGUCUUGAUUUUCUGUGCGUGAGGAAAAGAGUUUUGUUCCACCUGAGGAGUGAGGAGGAGGACGAGGACCCUCCGCUGUGCAUCUCCGACAGCAGCCGCAUGUUCAGCUGGGAGUCGCUCAAAGCGGUUUUCCACGGACACAAGCUGGACUGGAUGAAGUCCGCGCGUCUCGGCCGCGACGCGCCCAACAGCGAAGUGGUUCCGCUCGCGGACCCGACGCGCAGACGCGUGCUGGACUUCGCUUGCGCUCAGAGGCCCCUUCUGCUGAAUUUCGGAAGCUGUAGCUGACCGCCGUUCAUGACGCGUCUCAAGGCGUUCCAGCGGCUCGUGCUCCAGUACGCGGACGUCGCCGACGCGCUGGUGAUUUACAUCGAGGAGGCGCACCCGUCCGACGGCUGGGUCAGUUCUGACGCUCCGUAUCAGAUCCUCAAGCACCGGAGUCUGGAGGAGAGGCUGCGCGCGGCGCGGCUGAUGGCGCGCGAGGCGCCGGGCGUCGCGAUAGUCGCAGACAGCAUGGAGAACUCGUGCAACAGCGCGUACGGAGCGUAUUUCGACAGACUCUACAUCGUCCAGGACGGGAAGGUGGUGUAUCAGGGCGGCAGAGGACCGGAGGGCUACCGGAUCUCCGAGCUCCGGAACUGGCUGGAUCAGUACCGCACGCGGCUGCGCGACGCCGUGAUUCGCGUGUAAAGUGACGCGAUUUUCACAAGCUAUGUUUCCAUCCACCUGUUUGUAUAAUAUCUCACCGGAUGGAAACGCCAAGAUGCUCAUAGAUUCUAAAAAUGCGCAUAAAAAACGUAUGCGCACGGUUGAGUAGGAUCAACUUUACGCGUAUAAACUACGAUGGAAACACAUUUACCGAAUCAUUUCCACUAAAAAGUCAUGUGACGGGAUAACUCGACUAGCAGCGGACCGAUCUCGAUCACAGCAUCUGAA